AUGUCAAAAGAUAUUCCUUACUCGGAUUAUUUUGACGAAUAUACUGUCGAUAACUGGUCCUACUCAAGCUUUAUCCGUUACGCCUUUAGCAAAAGGUUACUUCCGUCCGACCCUGUAAAAGUCUAUAAUUUUAAGUACAGAAAGUGUCUGGAUUUUAUUGAGCAAAACUACGAUCCUUUGAAGCGCUCAAAGGCGAUUUCACUAAAGGCCUCGUUCAAGUGUCUGCGCGCCACUCUGGGUUUCCUUGGCGUGUUGUUAGAAUUGUGCUCUAUUAAACCAAGCAUCGAUACUAGACGGGGUGUCUGCGUGCCACCCUGGGUUUCCUCCUUGACAAAAAAAUGGAAGUGGUUAGCUAACCUUAGUGAAUUAGCAAAAAAUGAAGAAACUGCAGAGCACGAAUAUCAUACAUCGCUAAAUAAAGAUGUAAGGAAAGAGAAGAUGAUCUACUCCAGAUACCUGUUAGAAUCACGGAAAUCCAAGCACCAAAUCGACAGAAAGGAAGAGGCGACGUCAACCAAAAGGAUAACCGACAUAUUUAUUAUUAUAUAUGAUGAAGUCAAGCGAAAAGAUUUAACAAAUGUAUCACUUGAAGAUGAUGGCAAAAGUAAUACUAAUAACGUUACGUAUUCUGGAAAAAGUAUGGAUGAUCUUCUUCCUGACGACCAAGCAUAUUCAAAAAAACCUCUCAUGGAAUCAAAUCAUUCUGAUAGUUUGUGUUCGUCAUCAUCUGCUCCGUCUUCUAAUAUUAAUUGCGAAGAUAUCGAGCCUGAAUAUUACGAUGCCAGGUAA